AAGGAGUAAAAAGGAAUGUGUGACGUCAUUCCCAACUGCGUAGCCAUGAACCGGAAGGAAGUGGCUAAUCGCUGACGUACGUUAGCAAGCUACCAUUUCCGAGUCUGUUGUGGCUUCUAUGGAAGAGAUGUCAGGAGAGAGUGCCGUGAGUUCGGCGGUGCCGGCAGCUACGACUCGGACCACAUCCUUUAAAGGAUCCAGCCCCAGCUCAAAAUAUGUCAAGUUAAAUGUGGGUGGGGCCCUGUACUACACAACAAUGCAGACUCUGACAAAGCAGGACACCAUGCUCAAAGCUAUGUUCAGUGGCAGGAUGGAGGUCCUCACUGACAGUGAAGGUUGGAUUUUGAUUGAUCGCUGUGGCAAACAUUUUGGAACCAUCCUGAACUACCUGAGAGACGGAGCGGUGCCGUUGCCGGACAGCCGGCGGGAAACAGAAGAGCUGCUUGCAGAAGCCAAGUAUUAUCUUGUCCAAGGCCUUGCUGAUGAAUGCACAGCUGCUCUCCAGAACAAAGAAACAUAUGAACCUCUGUGUAAAGUGCCUCUGAUGACCUCAUCCAAGGAGGAGCAGAAGCUUAUUGCAACUUCAAAUAAGCCUACAGUCAAACUGCUCUACAAUAGAAGCAAUAACAAAUAUUCCUACACCAGCAAUUCCGAUGACAACAUGCUGAAAAAUAUCGAGCUUUUCGACAAGCUGUCGUUGCGGUUCAACGGCCGCGUACUCUUCAUUAAAGACGUGAUCGGGGAUGAGAUCUGCUGCUGGUCCUUCUACGGGCAGGGUCGCAAGAUAGCUGAAGUAUGCUGCACCUCCAUUGUCUAUGCCACCGAAAAGAAGCAGACAAAGGUGGAGUUCCCCGAAGCUCGCAUCUAUGAAGAAACUCUCAAUAUCCUCCUGUACGAAUCCCACGAUGGGAGGGGACCGGAUAACGCUCUGCUGGAGGCAACAGGGGGCGCUGCCGGGCGAUCCCAUCAUCUGGACGAAGACGACGAGCGAGAACGAAUAGAGAGAGUUCGUCGGAUCCACAUUAAACGACCCGAUGAUCGCACGCACCACCACCAGUAACCUCACACUUGUCUUAGCCGAGGCCUUGCACCGCACCCGUGCCUUAUGCCUUUCCUCAACAGCGCCUCUCUUACAUCAAUUACCAGAAGACUGUAUUAGUGGUUAGCUGUGCAGUUAUAGUGUCCACCGUGUCUUUUUUUUUUGUCGUGUUCUGACUGACUGCGAUGUUUGUUCACUUGUAUCAAUCUUCUCCACUGGAGUGCAGAAGCUAAUAAUCAUAGAUUGUUGUUCACUAUAGUUUCAGUUAAAUUUAUUAUCAUUUUAUUAUGUUAUUGUCACAAGUGGUCCUAACAUUACAUCCAGGAGAUGAAGAAAUAGACAAUGUAUGCUCGAGAACUUUGAGUUAAGCAUUCAGUGAAUGACUCAAGUGUGAACAGCCUGCGAGAUGGCACUGUUUGUUUGUUUUUAUGUACUGUAAUUGUAAUACACAGUUGGAUAUCAUAUUUCAAAGUAAAACCCUAUACUUUGGUUCACACCUUUUCGGUUUAUACUUGCGACACUUUUUUUGUUUUUUUGGUGGGGACAGGAAGCUGAGGUGUUACAUGUACUUCAUGAUGGCUAUAUGCUGAGGUUGGAGUGAAUGAGUAACCAGAGAACUCCCUGGCAGGAACACAGUCCUGUCAACAUGCAUUUUAACAAGAAGAGAAAUUACAGCUGGCCUUCAGCAGUGCAUUUAUUGUGGAAUGUUCAGUUUUGCACACAAUUACAAAUUGAUAAUCACUCGUAGCUCUAUUGUACAAAAGUGAACAAAUAUGUAUGUUUUAUAUUUAUACACCAAAUAAAUUUCUAUAAAUGUA